CGUGAGCUGGACCGGCCUUCUCUCUUUCUCCGUCCGUCUCAUCUAUGUGCUCUGUGUCGCCGUUCUGACACGCCGUUUCCAUAUCAAACAGCAGCAUGCCGGCGACCUCGAAACGACAAGCCACGGCGUCGAGUCACUCUUCCAAAGAGGCUCCCACACCAGACGCGCGAAUGAGUCUGAAAUCUAUGCUGAAGCCAGCACCUCCUUCUGAGAGCAACAAAAGCAGUCUCAGCCCUGCUUCAUCCACCAGCAUGCCCACGACGACGACCAGUGAUCUGGCAGACCAGGAUGCGCCUGCCAUGAAACCAAACAACGAGGACCAAACAACAGAGAAUGCAGUGCGAUCGGUGAAUAAGAAGAAGCAGAAGAGAAGGCAGAAAGAAGCUGCUCGGCGUGCAGCGGAGCAGCAGCUUAAUAAUGGUUAUGCGAAGGCAGAUCAGAAUGGACAUGAAAUCAGCGACGAAACUUCCUCCAGACACACAGCGCACUACCCCCACAAUGUCCUGAGAGAGGUAGAUGAUGGUGGUCAUUACGAGCCUGCCCAUGGCGAAGUGUAUUUCUACGAGGAUGAGAACGGAGUCGUGCAUCAGCAAGGGCAUGAAUCACACGAUGAGGAUGAACAUGACCAAACUCGGCCAUCAACAUCUAAGAAAUCCAAAAAGAAGAAAGGGAAGAAAGGUCGUUCUGACUCUCAUAAUCUGGUCGAAGAAAGUUCAACCUCUCUCUCUGCAACAUCACGUGGCCCGCCAUCUUCUAUAUCGAAUGCCGCCCUACGAUCUGCUCAGAAAGUAUCGAAAGACCGCAUUUGGAACACUUCAACCCAGGAAGAGCGUGAAAAUAUCAAGACCUUUUGGCUGGAACUAGGCGAGGAAGAGCGACGCCAGCUGGUCAAAGUUGAGAAGGACGCGGUCUUGAAGAAGAUGAAAGAGCAGCAGAAGCAUUCAUGCAGCUGCACUGUCUGUGGUAGAAAACGAACCGCGAUCGAGGAGGAACUAGAGGUGCUUUACGAUGCGUACUACGAAGAGCUCGAACAGUAUGCGAACAACAACCAAGGUUCCUUCGAGAAUGGCGCCCCUAUCGUACCUCCUCCGCGACUCUAUCAGCCUCCUCUGCGCUCGUUCGACCAUCAUAGUCAUAUGACAGGGCAUCACCACCCUUCUCGCGGCAGAGUGCACGAGUUGCCUGACGAUGAUGAAGAACUAGAGGAGGAAUAUGAUGAAGAUGAUGAAGACGAUGAUGAGCCCUAUAGCGACGAGGAGCUGGAAGACGAAGCAACUCGAAGCGCCCGUGCGGAUUUCUUCGCGUUUGGAAACAGUCUUACAGUGAAAGAUGGAAUCCUCACAGUCGCAGACGAUUUGCUCAAAAACGACGGUAAACACUUCAUCGACAUGAUGGAGCAGUUGGCCGAGCGUCGAAUGCAGCGAGAGGAAGAUACCCAAUACAGGCUUGCCUCGGCACAUCAGUCCCUUCACGCUGGUCAUAAUCAUGGCCCUCUCGAUGAGGAAGAUUACGAUGAUGAGGAAGAUGAGGAAUAUGAUAGUCAGGACGAGGAAGAGUAUGAGGAUGACGAAAUGGAUGCCAUGACCGAGGAACAGCGUAUGGAGGAGGGAAGACGAAUGUUCCAGAUAUUCGCCGCUCGGAUGUUUGAGCAGCGCGUACUAACUGCAUAUCGAGAGAAAGUAGCAGAGCAGCGUCAGCAAAAGCUCCUUCAAGAAUUAAUGGAAGAGCAGACACUGACCGAGCAACGCAAUGCAAAGAAGGCAAGGGAGGCCCAGAAAAAGAAGGAUAAGAAGAGACAGCAGAAACUAGCCAAAGAGGAAGAGCGGGCUCGCCGAGAAGCUGAGAGGGCCGCAGAAGAAGCCGCAGCCAGAGCGCUUGAAGAGAAGAAGCAGGAAGAACAGCGACGAAAGCGCGAAGAGCAACGGAAGAAAAAGGAAGCGGAGAAGAAGGCGCAAGAAGAAGAACGUUUGCGCAAGGAAGCAGAGAAGCAGAAACGGCUUCAGGAGGAAAGAGAGCGACAGGCAGAAGCUGAGCGUAAGCAACGCGAGCAGAAGGAACGGGAACGGAAGAAGCGAGAAGAGGCCAAGAGAAAAGAACGGGAAGAGCGUGAAGCUCGAGAGAGGAAGACCAGGGAAGAGCGCGAGCGAAAGGCUCGAGAGGAACAAGCGAAGAAGGACAAGGAGACUGCUUCGAAGGCAGAAAUGGAGGCCAGAGAGCGCGCAAAACGAGAAGGACAACCCGGACAGCAGACCCAAGCAUCUGCAAAACGGACGUCGCAGUCAGGCCCUAUUCCUAUACCGCCAGGUUUGCAGCAUCCUCAAGGUCUUCAUUCUCCGCAUUUCCAAAUCGCCACCCCUGUUGUUCCCAAAGCUCCGACGCCCAUGCGCGCUCGUCAGCCAUCGCAACAGGGAUCUCAUACAUCUUCUCCAAGGUCUCAACCCGCCGGUACGGAACUUUCCCAGACGCCAGUAUCUCCACAUACAGCUCCGUCAGUGACUUCGAGCGCCGCUUCAUUCAAAGGUUCCGGACCACAACCAGUUCUUCAUCAUCCUCAGCCGUCAGCGCCGCUGUCUCCUCUUGGAAGAGGACCGCCGCUUGGUUUUCCUGGUGUCAACGGGUUGCCGUCUAAUCCACCCGGUUUGGCACCACGUCCGUUUAUGGGCCAUGAUAUACCUAUGUAUCCGCCUUCGUCUGGCCCUAUGGGCGGCCAGUUCAGGGGUUUCCCAGCACCGAAUGGCAUUACGGUGCCUCCCGGUGUCAACGGGAGUCGCCCAGUGCCCCCCGGGCGUGGAUUUCCUCUGGAUCCAGGCCAUGGACUUCCUUUUUACGGCCAGCAGCCGAUUGGCGGUUCCCUUCCUACACAAGGCAUCCGGUCACAGGCUCAUUCUCGACAAACCUCUGGCUCAUUUGACAGGCCGUCUCUUGAUUCACAGACGCAGACUCAGCCUAUCUCGCGUCCGUCUGCGAUUAAGAGACCAUCUAGUACCAGCCCUCGUGAUCAGCAGAAGGAAGGAGCACCGCCGUCUCAUUCUGACAUCGACGAUCUCAGUGCUCACCUGGGCAGCAGCGCGCUACUCAAUGAUUCGGAUGCCCCAUUCACAUCAAACCUUUCCCAGUCGCUUCCGGGUGUCAGCGCCAUUCCGGGACCAUUCCAAGGUCCUGCGCGUGCGAGCUUUGGGGGAUCGCCGUUCUUCGCGGAUCCUCUUAGCGCACCCAAACACCCGAGCCUCCCCGGUAGUUCAAGCACCUGGGCGCCGCAGUUACCCUUCGGGACUGCUUUCCCAGGAGCUCAAUCAUGGGGAGCUGGACCAGGGAGCGGUUGGACAAGUAACGCAUUUGGGAUUGGUGGACAUCAUCGCGCUCAUACGUCUCGUCCUGUCACUAUUCGGCUGCUUGUCAUCCAGGCUUGCAAGCAGCUUAAUACAUUGAGUCCUACGUCCAAGGGAACAGCAGGCUUCCACCAUGUCAACCGAAUCUUGACGCAGGUUGAUCAACUGAGACCUCCGAACGAGCCUCCAAUUUCUCUGGCGGAAAUGUUGGACAUCUGUGAUACGGAAGGCAACCACCAGAACGGUGGUGGCACUUUCAUCAUCAAAGAUGAAGGUGAGAACGGCAAGUCUGUAAAAUUCGAGCCAGACAACAACAGUUCUCUACCGGGGCAUCGGGGCAGUAUCGUCCCUGGAGAUAUCGGUAGCCCAGUCCCUAGCCACAGCCUGCCCGCAUUUGGCGGUAUUGGCACAGCUGGGAGGCAGUUUUCUUCACCGACGGCGGGCUUCUAAGCUUAUUCUUAUUCACCACAGCUGAUCUGGCUGCUUUUCUUUCUCAUGCAUUUCGGUUGCUUGUCUGGUUUUGUUUUCCGGAGCACCGUG